GCCAUCAACCAUCUUCUGUGUGUCCGACUUGUUGGGUGUGGAGGUUUGGUUGCAGAAUUAGGCCUCUGGACGCUCACUGAAGAUGACUUGAUUUGGCAGGCCUAAAAGCCCCUUACAGAGAGAGAGAGAGAAAGAGAGAGAGAGAGAGAGACAGAGAGAGACAGAGAACUUGGCAGUGGGAACCACACAGAAACACACAAAUGUGGGUGGCAAGGUGGCUUUGAGCCAUGCUGGUGUUACACCGCUUGGAGCCCUGGAGUACAGGCUACCAUCAUCCUCAUCAUCAUUCACCCAAACUGAGGGAGAUACGGCAGUCCCAAGAAACGAGGCUACACUUCUGAAUGUUUUGAAAAGGACGAGGAAACUGCUCUAACACGCACAGAGAUCCACAACGACACCCUCAAUCACACAUACAGACACACAAAUACCCGGCACGAAUCCUUGAUCCAAGAGAAAUAAAGCUGCAGCGGACGUGAAAGGCACAGAAACUGAGCAGGAGCUGUAGAACACCAUGGCGGCUGAAAGUCUUGCUGAACUCCGCGAUUGGCUUUUCCUGCUCCUCCUGUGCCUCACCUUAUUGGCUGAGAUGCUGGAGCUGGCGGCAGCGGCAAUUGCCAUGGAGACGGGUGACGGGGAUGAAGGCAUCGUGUGUCCCUCGGUGUGCCGCUGCGAUGAGGGCUUUGUCUAUUGCAAUGACCGUGGCCUCAGCAUAAUUCCCCCACUACCGUUAACAGCUGCUAUCCUCUACUUGCAGAGCAACCGGCUGAGCAACGCCGGACUGCCUCCCUCACUGGAACGCAGCAGUUCCAUACGGGUGGUUUACCUGUAUGCCAACCAGUUGGAUGAAUUCCCUAUACAUCUUCCGCCUUCAUUACGGGAGCUCCACUUACAGGACAAUAAUAUACGAACGUUACCCCGCUCCUCCCUAGCCAAGUUACCGUUGCUAGAACGUUUACACCUGGACGAUAACUCUAUAUCCACAGUUAGCAUCCAGGAGCGAGCAUUUUCUGGGACUCCACGGCUGCGCCUGCUGUUUCUCUCACGAAACCACCUGUCCAGCAUCCCUGCUGGCCUGCCAGCAUCCUUGGAAGAGCUGCGUCUGGACGACAACCGGAUAAGCACCAUUCCCACGCAUGCCUUCCGAGGGCUUUCCUCCCUCCGACGCCUGGUCCUGGAUGGGAACCUGCUGGCCAAUACACGCAUCGCAGAUGACACCUUCUCCCGUCUGUCCAACUUAACCGAGCUUUCACUGGUUCGGAAUGCCCUGCAGGCCCCGCCAGUCAACUUGCCUUCAGCUCACCUCAUGCGACUUCAUUUGCAGGAUAAUGGAAUGACCCACAUGCCGAGGGGGGCGCUGGAUGGCAUGCGGCGACUCCAGAGGUUAGACCUGUCUGGUAACAACCUGACCAGCCUCCCACGGGGUCUUCUGAAGGAUACAGAGAGUCUGGAGCUGCUGCUGUUGCGAGGAAAUCCCUGGUAUUGUGGCUGCAACCUUCGCUGGCUUCAUGCCUGGCUGCAUGGCCGAGGGGCUGCGGUGACAGUCAGGGGUCUGACCUGCCAGGGGCCUGAGGCUGUACGGGGCCAGGCUCUGAGAGACCUGACUGGGCUGAUGGAGCAGUGUGAGGGACCACCCACUGGACCUGGUGUUGGGGUGGGGGCGAUUCCUGUAGAAAAAGGCGGAGAUGGUGGUGGAGGGGGGCAAGCAGUGGCUGCAGCCCCCCAUGGCAGCACCACCACCACCUCCCUUCUGGUUCCCACCCAAGGUUCACUCUUCACCUUGCGGGCCAAGCGGCCAGGCCUAGUGAUGCCUCUGCCUCCAGGGGAAGGGGGGCAGGUAUCUGGGGAGGCCCUGGAGCUGACUGUAAAACCCCUCUCCCCAGACAGUGUGCUGGUAACAUGGCUAUGCCCGAGACCAGCGCCCUCCUUCCGCUUGUCAUGGUUGAGGCUGGGCAGCAGUGCGGCCCUCGGUUCCAUUACAGAGACCCUAGUUCCUGGAGAGAGGCAGCAGUACCUCCUUACCCAGCUCACUCCACGUUCCCAUUACCUCAUCUGCCUGCUGCCAUUACGACAGGACCCCUCAAUCGGGGGAGCCAGCGCAAGCUCGUCUCGCAUUGGCAGCACGGACAUGGACAGUAAAGACUCAGCCCCGGCCUGUGCUCAGAUCGAGACCGGAGAGGCUCUGGUCAGCACAGGAGGGGAGGGGUCGGACAAGGAGGGGCAGGACUCAGAGAUAACAGUGCUGCCAUUGGCUGGGAUCAUAGGGGGAGCCACAGCAUUGGUCAGCCUGCUGUUGAUCUUCGGCAUCUUCUGCUGGUAUGGACAGAGGGCAGGUUACAUGUCGGGAGACUCCGGCUCGUACAGCAGGGGUAGAGGUGGAAAACACUAUGAUGACUAUGUGGAGUCGGGCACAAAGAAGGACACUUCAAUCUUAGAGAUCAGGGCCCCUCCUGCAGGUUUCCAGAUGACAGCCAUGGCCCAUCAACCCCUGCAGCCUAAGCUGGAGGAUGUUACCUACAUCCAUACCAUAUUUCCCUCCUCCUCCUCCUCUUCCUCCCAUGCCAACGGGACCUAUCGGAGCAGCCAUGGAGCCAGCAGUCUUAACGGCACCAUCCUCAGCCAAACCGGCCACCACCACGUCAGUUAUGGUACCAACCGUGGUUACCGAGAGGGUGGCAUCCCCGACAUAGACUAUGCCUAUACGUGAUGAUACAGGGACACACUCCCUGAGCCACCGCUGCCAGGCGCCAUUUCUAAGGAUGACGACCCCUUGGCCAGUGGCCAUUUUGUCCUUGGUUUCCAAAGUACCCUCUGUGCCUCUGCUGGUUCAAUUCUGAUUGGUUUGCUAAGUAGAGAAGACUGAUUUCAGUUAUGUUGAUUGGACAUUGCAACUGAGUGACAAAAGUAACAGUCAGUCCUACUAUACUAUAUGAUACUGCUGUAUAUUACAUUAUACAGUAGACCUGUGUUUCAGUGCUACUUAUGGUUAUAAAUGGUUACGUUUUCUCUUUUGGAUAUCUCAAUGUCUUUCAAACCUACCAUUCUUCUCAGCUCAUAAUAAUACACAGUAACUUAUUUGAGGUUGAUAUACUAGGCUUAGCUGAUUUAGCAGGAGAUAUAUUUAUAUUAUGAGGAAACGGCUCUUGAUGUGUAUAGAGAUAGCUCUCUCAUAUCUUCCAAACAACUGUAUGCUCUGUGCUGUAUAGAUAAAGGGAUGACAGAGAGAAAAAUUGAUGGUUGUUAUAACCCACAUAUGACAAUGCAUCAUGGUUGACAUGAAAAGAUGUGUUCCUAGGCCCCUUCCUUUCCUCUGGUCUUCUCCCCUCCUUUUUAAUUCACUACCCCGCACCCCCACCCUUUUUUUGGCUGAGGCUCUUUCCUUUUAUUUCUCUCGUGUCUUUUGUGGUGCCGUGAGCACAGGACGACUUUGUUCUCACCAAGGGAGCUGACAGCAGUGAUAACAGUUCUGACAGAGAUGGGAGACACAGACCACAGU